AAGCCCUUCACCUGCACCGAGUGCGGCAAGAGCUUCAACCGCAAGGGCACCCUCAUCACCCACCAGCGCAUCCACACCGGCGAGCGGCCCUUCGUCUGCCCCGAGUGCGGCAAGACCUUCAACUUGAAGACCACGCUGAUGAAGCACAAGCGCAUCCACACCGGUGAGCGUCCUUUCACCUGCCUGGAGUGUGGGAAGAGCUUCAAGUACAAGGGCAACCUCCGGACCCACCACCUCACCCACACGGUGGAGCGGGUCUACCCCUGCACCGAGUGCGGCAAGAUCUUCAGCCACAAGAAGGAGCUGACCGUGCACCAGGGCCGGGUCCACAGCAGUGAGAAGCCCUUCAACUGCACCGAGUGCGGCAGAAGCUUCAACCGCAAGGCCAACUUCAUCACCCACCAGAAGAUCCACCGUGGCGAGCGCCCUUUCAUCUGUGCCGAGUGCG